AUGUCUGUUAUGAUUUUUUUUUCUGAUGAUCAACCGCAAACUUACAAUCUUGUAAACUUCAGAAAGAUGAACAAGACCCUGGUAUCUCUUAGGAUAGCGGGGAUGCAGCAACCUCUGCUUGUUAACCCCUUACGUUCACUUCUUUCUUAUACAUCAAUCAAAAACUUCCAAAUUUCCAAAUCUUUUUCAACAUUUUUACAAGAAAAAUCAUUAGGAGGUGAAUUAAGCAUCACUAGGUCAAAAUUCAACAAAUUCCUUGAUAAUGUCGUCAAAGUAGAUUCUAAUUAUGACUUCAUUGGUGUUGCUCAAGCAGAACAUCAAACAGUAUACGGACAUAACCUUAAUAUCAUUAUCUUGGAGAGCUCUUUCACGCACUGCUCUACAACGCAGGGCAAUGGUGGAGCUCUUUUCCUCGACCGAAAGACUCUAGCCAUUCGUUUUGACAGAUGUUCUUUCCAAAAGUGCACUACAAAGAAAUCCGGAGGUGCUUUCUACGGUAUUAUUGAAAAUCUCACCUGCACGCGUACAUGCUUUGAUUCCUGUCAAGCAACGGAAGCUGGCCACGCUUAUUUCCUAUGUUUCCACAAAUUUAACGAUACAGGAAACUUCUCACAGUGCUCCUUCUCUCAAUGCGCCACCAAUACGAAGCUGAUCGGCAAGUCUGCCUGCUUCUUGCUCUCAGGAACCUUCAGAAAUACCCUUAUUAACGCUACAAAGAACCACGCGCUUACCCUCUCAUCAACAUUUGGUUCUAUCAGCUCCACCAAUGUUUCCAUCUCAUUUUCGCUCAUUGCAAACUCAUCAUCAAAUCAUAUUCUCAGAUUUGUUGAGUUAAAUGAGUCCCUUGUCCUUGGUUUCUGUAACUUCAUCGGUAAUAAGGCUUCCGUUUCACUAAUGCAGUCAACUUCCCGCAAUAAUAUUAUUAAUUGCGUUUUUAUCGAUAACCAAGUCACUUCUAUAUGCACAGGCCUCAUUACAUACUUGCAGAUGACCGACUGCGUACUCGAUGUCAAGUAUUCCUUCUUCGGGCUCGCUUAUAUCAGAACUCCUGGAAUUAAAUUCGACGAAAACGUCCAACCACUACCUCUCCGCAUGGAAUUUGCCUCUGGAUGCCGUAUCCUAGGUGAACAUGACGGAAUCGAGAACGAGGACCAUGUUAAACGCAUUAUUGAACAAAUUCCAGAGAAUAACCGCAAAUUCAUCGACUUAUACAUAGACAGAAUGGCCUUUACAGUACCACAUCCAACACCGCGUGACAAGCAGCCCGUUCCAGAAGAAGAUAUCCUUACGAAAUCUGUUUCCACGCAGAAAGUGACCAUAGAACCACAAGACGAGCCACAACCGAAGUCACGAGACAGGUCCAGUGGCCGAUCACAGUUUAUCAUCACUCCUUACGUCGGACCGAAGAGAUUGACCAGUUCCGGUAUGAAACAACCGAAACUCUUUGCUCCUACAGCAUCAUUCUCUCCUUCAGACACGUUCUACAUCUCCAGAACGUUCCUUCCUUCGCUACAGUUCACUGCAUCUGUAUCUCCAGCACAAUCUUUAGUUCCUUACGUACUUUAUUCAGCGGCAGGCUUCGUAGUGUUCGGUGUGUUGACUUCCUUCUUGUUCUUGAGGUCUUCAGACACUGGAUACAACUUGAUGACUCCAUCUGAGUCUGCUGACUCAAGAAUCUCUGACUACGCUUCAUCUACAAGCACCACUGUCACUAUUACUGGUGAAAGUUCUGCUUCUGUCGUUGUUUAA